AUGAGAUCACCAUGGAGUAAAAAGAGGCUGGAGACAUUUGUGGUCCUGAACAUAUUCAUGGCAGUUGUAGUCACAUCGCUUAGGUCAUUCAUCAUUUCCAACUACAAAACAGGCGCACUGCUGAUUUUUGUAUCGAGCCUUGCCAAAAUGCUUGUUUCGUACUCAAACAUUCAGACGCUCGACUUCAAAAUAAGGCAUGUGUUCUUGGUUGCCAGCCUGAGCUUCAUAGGAACCUGCCUGGGUGCAUUUUCGUAUUACUACAAGGCAUCAUCCACAUCAUAUGCAAUCUCAUCAAGCAUCCAGUAUGUCUUUAUUGCAUUUAUGUCUUUUGCCUGGAACGGGACUCGCUAUUCAUUUGCACAAUACUUUGGCUUAUUGAUCAUCAUACUUGGGGUUUUUAUAGAGAUCUCGUCUGCUGAUGUGAUUUAUGACAUUCCCAUGCAUUCACUGACCGGAAUGAUUUCCGGAUUGUUCAAUGCAGCAAGCUUUGUUGCAUUUGAAGUAAAGGUAAAGCCUGUUCUGGAGAACAUUAAGAGCUUCUGGAGCUACAUGAUGGCAUAUACGUUCUAUCUGAUGACGUUUUCGUCGCUCCACUUGAUAGAGGAGAUAUUCAGCAAUACGCCUAGCUAUAUCGAGGUGCUCAAGUCUCCAAUGGCAUAUCUUGCGGUGCUUAGUGAGAUUGUAAUGGCGUACAUUUUGUCGAGUGUCUCAUUCUACCUGGACUCCGUAGAGAGAUCGACCCUUGUGAAUGUUUGCACUUGUGCCUGA